AUGGUGUUCAAGACGAAUGCAACUAUAGCUCAGUUUGGUGGGAAAUUGCUCAAAUUGAGCCACGACUCCAAAGUCACCAAGACGCCCAUGGACGUCAAUGUGUUUAUCCCAUCUAGUUCAACCAAAAACAUCCCCGUUCUACUCUAUCUUUCCGGGUUGACAUGCACGCCAAACAACGCCACUGAAAAGUCGUUCUUGGCCUAUUUUGCAGCGAAGUACGGCUUUGCCGUUGUCUUCCCCGACACUUCGCCCCGUGGCGCCGACAUUGCAGGCGAGAACGAGAGCUGGGACUUUGGCACUGGUGCCGGGUUCUACGUUGACGCGACACAGGAGCCAUGGAAGAACAACUAUCAGAUGUACAGCUAUGUCCACGGCGAAUUGAUUGACGCAUUGACUGAGGCUUAUACGGAGUUGGAUUUCAAAAACAUCAGCAUCACUGGCCACUCGAUGGGUGGAAUGGGCGCGCUUGUCGGGUACUUUAAACAACCUAGAGCUUACAAGGCCGUGAGUGCUUUUGCUCCUAUUGCCAACCCGAGUGUUGUUCCAUGGGGUGAAAAGAACUUUGGGGGAUACUUGGGCGCAGAUAAGAGUUUGUGGGCUGAGUAUGACCCUACUGAAUUGAUCAAGAACUACAAGGGCGACGAUAGCGCCACCAUUUUGAUCCACCAGGGCUUGGAUGACCCCUUUUACGAAAAAGAGUUGAAGCCACAGAAUCUCGUUGAGGCUGGGAAGAACUACAAAGGUGGCAUUGAGUUGAAGUUGGUUGAAAAAUACGAUCACUCUUAUUUCUUCAUCAGUUCCUUUGUUGAAGAGCACGCUAUCCACCAUGCCAAGUAUCUCGGCUUGAUAUAA